AUGAAUCUUCUUACCUUCUUGGUGAGUCUUUAUAUCCACGUUGCCUUGGCUCAUGGAGCUGUCCACACGGGUGUUUUCAAAUCCAUUGACUCCAUUGUGCCUCCAGCAGAUUCUCGUCCUGAGACUCCUGGUUGGCAGUCAACUGUUUCAUGGGAAAUCACAAGUGCCAUGAACAUGAAAGAAGGCGAUACUUUUACUUUGCAUAUGCCUUACGUCUACAAGUUUACCAGUAACAGUAAUUCUGUGUCAAUUAAGGCUGGCUCAAGAACUUUGGCUAACUGUAACUUGUUUUCGGGUGACAAUGUCGUUGGAUACUCUGAAGUCCAGUGUACCGCUACUUCUGAAGUGGAGAACUUAGCUUCUUCUUCUGGUAGCUUGACUUUUCCAUUUACUUUCAACGCCGGUUACUCUGCUGAUGCUGUGAACUUGGAGGCCGCUCUGGUCUGGAAAGUUGGCACCAACACUGUUACUUGGACUGAUGGAGACAACGAGUUGACCAGUACUCUUAAGUUCGAAGGCGGUACCAAGCUGGUCAUCCUGGGCUCUGCCAACAACGGUGUUUAUGGUUUGAGAGGAAUGAUCAACACCAGCAAUAAGCAACACUACCUUUUGGGUCCUGCCUGUGCUUCGAAUAACAUGUAUGGUACUAUGACAAUCCUGAACACUAAUGCUGCUGUUCCCCUUGACUGUGGAAGUCUUUCUGGAGCUUUCAGUAACCAGAUCAACGAGUUUUUCUUCCCAGGAAGUGCAGAGACUGCCAAUGUUAAGAUCGAUAGCUGUUCUUCAAGCGGUGCUGUUAUUUCCUUCUCUCAGAUUCCCGCCGGCUACAGACCUUACAUGAACAUCAACACCGGUGUCAUCCAGGCUUCUUCUCAGUCCUCGAACACUUACUCCUAUAGCUUGGUGUGUGGUAGCAGAAGAUUGUCUAACGCUAGGGCUAUUCGUUGGAAUCACCAUGCUACUUUGGACCCUAAUGCUGACGGUAAUGCUUUGCCUCUUGUGGUUACUACCGCUACCGACCCAUCGAUCACCACUACUGCUAUCGUUACCCACUCUGGUUCCACUGCUAACACCAUUGUUGUCAAUGUUCCAAUCUCGAUCUCCACUAUCAUUAACACCGGAACUAACUCUGUCGCUACCACUCACACUGCUACUUCUGGUGGUACCAGAAUUGUUUCCAUUGAUGUUCCUACACCUACUACUACCAUCACCAGCACAUGGACUGAUCUGACAACCGGUUUCUCUACUGUUCCAGCCACUAGCGGUGGUACCGGUACUGUGAUUGUUGGCGUUCCUACUCCUACCACCACUAUCACCAGAACAUGGUCUGGCUCUAUCACUACCACCAACACUAUCCCAGCUACUUCAGGAGGUACUGGUACAGUUAUCGUUGAGGUUCCUACCCCAGUCGUCACUGCAACUGUUACAUGGACUGGUUCCGAAACUGUUACCCUGACCAUUCCUGCUGCUUCAGGCGGUACUGAGUCUAUCAUUAUCAAUGUUCCUACUCCUACCACCACCGUUACAAGAACCUGGACUGGAAGUGAAGCUACCACUGAGACCAUUCCAGCUGCUUCUGGAGGCACUGCUACUGUUGUUAUUGAUGUCCCCACUCCUGUUACCACAGUGACAAGAACCUGGACUGGCGAUGUUACUUCUACUGAGACCGAGCCAAUGUUCUAUGACGAUGAAACCAUGACUGUCGUUGUGAACGUUCCAACUCCUGUGACAACUGUCUUUUCGACCUGGACUGGCUCUGUCACCACAACCAUCACUGAGCCAUUUGAGUCUGGAACCCAGACGAUUGUUGUCCAGGUGCCAACUCCAACUACUUCUUUGACUAGAAUCUGGACUGGAAGCGAGACCACGACACAAACUAUUCCUGCUGGAUCUGAUGGUGUGGUUACCGUGGUUGUUGAUGUCCCUACUCCUUACACCACGCUUACUAGAACAUGGACUGGUUCUAUUACCCAAACGGAGACUCAGCCAGCUAACUCUGGUGAGACUGGUACCGUUGUCAUUGAGGUGCCUACUCCUACAACCAUUGUCACCAGAACCUGGACUGGUACUGAAACUGUUACCCUGACUGUUCCUGCUGAGCUUGGUGGUACCGAUACCAUCUUCAUUGAUGUUCCUACUCCUUACACUACCAUCACCAGAACAUGGACGGGUUCAGAAACCACUACUGAGACAGUUCCAGCUGCUUCUGGCGGUACCGGUACGGUUAUUAUUGAUGUCCCAACUCCUGUGGUUACAAACACUAGAACAUGGACUGGAACUACUACUUCUACUGAAACCAUUCCAGCCGAAUCUGGCGGUACCGAGACUGUCAUUAUCAACGUUCCUACUCCUGUUGUUACCGUCACUUCUACCUACACUGGCGACAUCACCGUGACCAACACUAUUCCAGCUGCUUCUGGUGGAACUGAAACCGUUGUCAUCGAGGUUCCUACUCCAACUACCACUGUCUUUUCCACCUGGACUGGUACCGAGACCACUACUCGUACUGUGACCGCUCUGUCUGGUGGUACUAACACUGUUAUUGUUGAAGUGCCAACUCCUGUGACCGUGCUUACUUCCACUUGGACUGGAACCGAGACUUCUAUCGUUACUGAGCCUUUCGAAUCUGGAACCCAGACCAUCAUCAUCCAGGUUCCUACUCCUACUACUACAAUCACCAGAACCUGGACCGGUACCGAAACUACUACCGAGACCAUCCCAGCUACUUCUGGUGGUACUGGCACUGUCAUUAUCGAUGUUCCUACUCCUUACGUUACCAUCACCAGAACAUGGACUGGAACUACCACUCAAACGGAAACUGAACCAGCUCCAUCUGGUGGUACCGGUACUGUCGUCAUUGACGUUCCAACCCCAGUAACUACUAUUACUAGAACAUGGACCGGUUCUGAGAGUACCACCCAGACUAUUCCUGCUGAAAGUGGUGGCACUGAGACUGUUAUCAUUGAUGUGCCUACUCCUUAUAUCACCAUUACUAAAACCUGGACUGGUACUACUACUCAGACUGAGACUGAGCCUGCUCCUUCUGGAGGCACUGGAACUGUGGUUAUCGAUGUCCCAACGCCUGUUACUACUAUCACCAGAACCUGGACUGGUUCUGAAUCUACUACUCAGACCAUUCCAGCUGAGAUUGGUGGAACUGAAAGUGUGAUCAUUGAUGUCCCCACCCCUUACACUACUAUUACCAGAACUUGGACAGGCUCUGAGACUACUACCGAGACUAUCCCAGCUACUUCUGGUGGUACUGGCACUGUGGUGAUUGAUGUUCCUACUCCUGUUACGACUAUUACGAGAACUUGGACUGGCAGUGAAACUAUUACUGAAACGUUCCCUGCUGCUUCUGGUGGAACCGAGACUGUCUUCAUUGAUAUUCCAACCCCUACUACUACCAUUUUCACUACGUGGACUGGUACUGAGACUUCUACUCGUACUGUGACUGCUCCACCAGGUGGUACUAACACUGUUAUCGUCGAGGUUCCUACUCCUGUCACUGUGAUCACUUCUACCUGGACUGGCACUGAGACUUCUAUCGUUACUGAGCCAUUUGAGUCUGGUACUCAGACUAUCGUCAUCAACGUGCCUACCCCUACUACCACUGUGACUUCCACUUGGACUGGUACUACUACUCAGACUCAAACUGACCCAGCUGGUUCUGACGGUAUUGUUACUGUUGUUGUUGAGGUUCCUACUCCUGUUACCGUUGUUACUUCUACUUGGACCGGAACAGAAACUUCUGUGGUCACUGAGCCUUUCAACUCUGGUACUCAAACUAUUGUUGUUCAAGUUCCAACCCCAACAACUACUGUGACUUCCACCUGGACUGGAUCCACUACCAAGACCGAGACUGUUCCAGCUGGCUCUGAUGGUGUUGUGACUGUCGUUGUUGAUGUUCCUCCUCCAGUUGUUACCAUCACCACCACAGCUGAUGUUACCGAGACUUCUACCGAGACGCUUCCACAAGAAUCUGGUGCCACAAGAACUGUCAUUGUCAAUGUUCCAGGCCUUGUUCAGAGUAUUACCAGCAUUUUGAGUGUUAGUGAGUCUGCUAGCGAGACACUGUCGGCUCCUUCUGUUGUGCUUGAUGUUCCUUUCGAUGCUACUACUGUUACUUCUGUCUGGACUGGAUCUACUACAAGAACUGUCACUCAAACUCCUGUUGGUUCUGAUACUGUUGAGACUGUUGUGGUUGAGGUUCCUCCAGCUUCCGUUGACGAGCUUUCCUAUGAAACUUCUGUCGAGUCUGCUACUGAGUCGAUUAUGUCUCUGACCAUUUCUUCUGAAACUACAAGCUCAGCCCACUUGGAAGACCCAAUGCCUUCAUCCGAGUUCACAACAGUGACCAGCACUUGGAGCGGCCAGACUACUAGAACCGUUACUAAUUCUCCAUCUGAUUCUGGUUCUACUGGCACUGUUGUUGUUGAGGUUCCACUUCCAUCGCCUUCUUCGUUCGUCCCAGCCUAUUCCUCCCACUCCUGGAAUUGGAACAACUCUUACAGUUCUGCUGAGGUUUCUGUUGCAGAAUCCACUUCCCUUGAUGUUACUACUGAGUCUACAGUUGAGAUUGUUCUGACUAGCCAGAAUACUUGGGUGCCAACCUCAACUGCCGUUACAUUCACUGAGACCACUUCUACUGGAGCUACAAACACUGAGGGCACUACCACUCAUGCUAAGUCCACUGUUGCCAAGUCUACUGAAGGCACUAACACAGCUUUUACUACUUUGUCUACUGUUUUGUCGGCCUCCUCUUCGGUUGAAGUUCCUUCUUCCUCGGUUACUAAGCCAGCUGUUGUUGAUGUCGACGGUAACACUUCUGAAGGUUCUUUGACUACAUCUCCACCAUCCAAUUCUCCAAAAGAAAGCGGUACCCCUAAUGUUCCUCACGAAGACCAGAACCCCAAGUCCAUGGAUUCUCCAAACAAGCCAGGAAACAACCAGGAAGCUUCUAAUACCGAAUACCCAAGCUCUUCGAGCUCUUCUACCGCUUCCGAUGUUGUUAUCUGCCACAAAGGAAGAUGUGUCACCAGUUCAGCUACCCCAGUGGGAUCUCCAAGCACUCAAACCCCUGGCCCACAAGUUAAUGGCAACCCUUCAUUGAGCACCAGUGGUGUUCCAUCUUUCUCCUCCGCUUCAUCAUCUAUUCAACCCGUUGUUUCGACAUAUGCUGGAUCCGGUUCUAGCCUCAAGGCACCCGGUAUUCUUGCACUUAUCGUUUCGUUACUUCAAGUCAUUGCUUAG